AUGGACGGAUACGACCAUCUUUUCAAGCUCUUGUUAAUUGGCGAUGCCGGUGUCGGCAAGAGCAGUAUGCUGCUCCGGUUUACCGACGACACGUUCGAUGAUAAUUUGCAAAGCACGAUUGGUGUGGACUUCAAGGUCAAGAUGAUGGACAUUGAUGGCAAGAAGAUCAAAAUGACAAUUUGGGACACUGCAGGCCAAGAACGCUUCCGUACGCUGACGAGCUCGUACUACAGAGGCGCACAAGGCAUUGUCUUGGUGUACGACGUCGCCCGACGAGAUACGUUUGAGAAUUUGGACCUAUGGCUGCAGGAGGUGGAAGUGUACAGUCCGGCUGGUGGACGCGAUGUAGUGAAACUGCUCGUAGGCAACAAGAUUGAUAAGGAUCGGAUCGUGAGCCGCCGAGAGGCAGAGGAUUGGGCGAGAUCGAAAGGCAUGCUAUUUGUCGAAAGCAGCGCAAAGACCAAGAUUGGCAUCCAGCAAGUGUUCAACGAAGUAGUGCAAAAGAUCCUGGAAAACCCUGCGCUUCUAUCCAACACGGCACCGCGCAGUCGCGGACGGAAGCUCGAUGGCAAAGCAGAGAAAAGUGGUGGAGGUGGCGGCAGUGGCUGCUGUUAA